GCGUGUUACGGCGUUUCGGACUGGGUUCUGGAUCGAGAGAGAGAGUGGGAGGGCUCUGCUGCUCGGGAAAGAGGGCAAGAGAGCUCCCAAGCCGUUCGACGAGCAGCGAGAGGAAGGAGGUGAAGUGAAGGGAAGAAUCUUCGUGAAGGGCUCCCGCCGCCAAUCUCUCUCCUGCAAAGCCGCAACAUUUUCCUCUACCUCUGCGUACUUUUCCCGCCCCUUCGUCUUCUGAUCGAGGCCACCGCUGCGCUUUGUCUCAUUUUUUCCGGGGCAAGAAGAACAGGAAGAAAUGAGUCGCUACGAUGGCCGAAUGGGCGACCCUGGUUCAUACCGCGAUAGAAAAAGUGAUAGUUUCGGCAGCGGUUCGACCGGUUAUGGCAGAUAUUCCGGCGGCGGCACGGGGAGCUUUGACGUGGGUGGUGGUCGGUCCAGGCCAGAAUUCGAGAACUCGGCAUUGUCGAAGCAGGAUUUGGAUGGUCUGCCUCCAUUCGAGAAGAAUUUCUAUAUCGAGUCCCCAGAUGUUUCCUCGAUGACGGAACCAGAGGUCGAGGAUUACCGUCGCCGGCGGCAGAUAACAGUCGAGGGUCGUGACGUUCCCAAGCCUGUGAAGAAUUUCCGCGAUGUUGGGUUCCCUGAUUAUGUCAUGCAAGAGAUUGUUAAAGCUGGAUUUGUUGAGCCAACACCAAUCCAAUCUCAAGGCUGGCCAAUGGCUCUAAAAGGACGUGAUCUUAUAGGUAUUGCUGAGACAGGUUCUGGAAAAACGCUUGCCUAUCUUUUGCCUGCCAUUGUCCAUAUCAAUGCUCAGCCUAUUCUGUCUCCCGGUGAUGGUCCAAUUGUUCUAGUUCUCGCCCCUACACGUGAACUUGCUGUACAGAUACAGCAAGAGGCUACCAAGUUUGGAUCUUCAUCAAAAAUAAAGAAUACUUGUAUAUAUGGUGGUGUACCAAAGGGACCUCAAGUUCGUGAUCUGCAGAAAGGUGUUGAAAUUGUUAUAGCUACACCAGGACGGCUGAUUGAUAUGCUAGAAUCACAUGUUACUAAUCUGAGGAGGGUUACAUACCUUGUCUUGGAUGAAGCUGAUAGAAUGCUAGAUAUGGGGUUUGAACCUCAGAUUAGAAAAAUUAUUUCGCAGAUACGCCCAGAUCGUCAAACUCUUUACUGGAGUGCCACUUGGCCAAAGGAAGUUGAACAGCUUGCCAGGCAGUUUCUCUACAAUGCUUACAAGGUUGUUAUUGGUUCCAUUGACUUGAAAGCCAACCACGCCAUUCGUCAGCAUGUAGAGAUUGUCUCAGAGAGCCAAAAAUAUAACAAAUUGGUGAAGCUGCUUGAGGAUAUCAUGGACGGAAGCAGGAUUCUGAUAUUCAUGGAUACGAAGAAAGGAUGUGACCAGAUUACACGACAGCUUCGCAUGGAUGGUUGGCCUGCACUCUCAAUUCAUGGGGAUAAGAGUCAAGCUGAAAGAGAUUGGGUGCUGUCGGAGUUUAGAGCUGGCAAAAGUCCAAUCAUGACGGCAACUGAUGUUGCUGCUCGAGGAUUAGAUGUGAAGGAUGUCAAAUUUGUGAUCAAUUACGAUUUUCCUGGAUCAUUAGAAGAUUAUGUGCAUCGAAUUGGGCGCACAGGUCGGGCAGGAGCAAAAGGAACAGCUUAUACUUUCUUUACGGCAGCAAAUGCAAGAUUUGCAAAGGAACUCAUUGCCAUACUUGAAGAGGCUGGGCAGAAAGUGAGUCCAGAACUUGCCGCAAUGGGGCGUGGUGCUCCACCAUCUGCUUCUGGACAUGGAAGCUUCCGUGAUCGUGGCAGGGGUUUCGGUGGUCGUUCUUGGAAUUAGAAGAUUGACUUCUAGCUGUGGUUUGCUUUGUUUGGAAAUGACAAUCCUGUACGCAGGAGGGAUUUAUACUUUUGCUUAGGUAGUUGCAGUAGCGUAGUCUAACAGGGAUUAUUUUCAGAGAUAGAUGCUUCACAUGUUUUGGGAAGAUUUCAAUGAAAACGUGUGAAAGUCGAAAGGAAGGCCAGUCUCCAUUGUAAGAUAAAUGGGUUGCAUAUUAUGUAAAAACAAAGAAAUGAUUUUACAAAUUUCAUGAAUUUUCAGCUCUUCUGAUGUGUAUUAUUUGAUAUUCUGUUAAUUGAAUACAUGUUUGUUUUAAGUAA